GCGGCCGGUCGACUCGCUGUACGCUGUAUGUUGUGCGAUGGCUCUAACGUGUAGGGUGCAAUAUCUCAAUGACAUCGACCCUUUCGCCUACACUACCAACUUCCCCGAGCCUCCUCGUCCCCCGGUACACACUUUCAGCUGUUCUCUGCCCCUGAUCAACCAGAUAGCGGCGGUCCACAGGCUGCUGAGGGCUCCUCACAGGCUUGACGACACGGCACUCCAGUUGUACAAAGAUGGCGACUACGGGUCUUACUUGGACUUGGACGCGUCUAUCAACGAGCAACAAGAGGAGUUUGACAACUUCCAGUCCAACCGGAAGAAUUCCAUCGUUCUUCGUACACAACUGUCAGUUCGAGUCCACACAAUUAUUGAAAAACUCCAAUCUUCUGAAGGUCGGGAACUCAGGAGAGCAUUGUUCUCUCUCAAGCAGAUAUUUCAGGAAGACAAGGAUCUUGUUCAUGAGUUUGUGCAGAAUGAUGGCCUCGCCUGUCUUAUCCGUGUGGGCUCCGAUGCAGACCAGAACUAUCAAAACUACAUCCUUAGAGCUCUAGGCCAGGUGAUGCUGUAUGUGGAUGGUAUGAAUGGUGUGAUGGAGCACAGCCCCACAGUACAGUGGCUGUACUCUCUGGUGGCGUCAAAGUUCCGACUUGUCGUCAAGACUGCACUCAAGCUCCUACUGGUCUUUGUGGAGUACACUGAAACCAACAGUGUUCUGCUGGUCAAAGCCAUCCAGGCAGUGGAUUCUGCUCAAGGAAACCAGCUUUGGUGGAAUGUGAUGAGGCUGAUGAAAGAGUACGACGCAGCCGACACAGAACUGCUCAUCUACGCUACCUCACUGGUCAACAAGACUCUGAACGGACUCCCGGAUCAAGACACUUACUACGACCAAGUGGACGCCUUGGAGGAGCAAGGCUUUGAGAACAUCAUCAGAAGAUACAUGUCAAAGCAAGGUACAGACCUGGACCUACUGAGGCAGUUCCAGAUCUACGAGGCUGUUCUUCAACACGAGGAUGGGGAACAGAAGGGAGCGCCACUGAAACAACUUGAUGAAACCAUCAGAAAGACAUUGAGGCAUCGCAAAUGUUUGACAACAACAUUAAACCCGUUAGAGAGACGGAAAUCUCGUAGACACUCGACGGGAACUUCGCCUCACAACCUUACACUCAAUCUGACCAGGCCUGCUAAUCUCGACGAUGAGCAGACUGAUGAGUAUCACAAUGUGUUGGAUGAGGGAGGAGUGGGGGUUACUCCUGCACUGCGCAGACGACGGGAACGUGCAGAAAGACAACGCAGCUUCCUGCGUGAGCAGAGAGAAGCAGCUCUCCUAGCAACACUCAGCAGUACAGACCAGUCCAGCAGUGAGGAUGGUGGAGUACACAACGGGUAUUGCAAUGGAGACUCUAACCAUGGCAAGAGAGAGAACUCUGUCAAAGAUCUGACACAGAAGUUGGCCUCCACUCUGGGCAGCCCUGGAGCCUUGGAUGCUGAUGGGAAACCCAUAACUAGAAUGGGAGAAAUGAAGGGAAUCAUCUCCAAGGCUAAAGAAGGUCUCGCCAAGUCACAGUCUAGAGGUGAUGUACUAAAGAGCCCCACUUCGGAAACACCUCCACCAUUCAAGCCUCCGGAAGUGAAGAAGUCAGAGACAGAGCUUCAUUGGGAGGAACUCGUGAGUUCGUGCUCGCGAGCUCUCAACCUCUGUGAUCUCGACUUCACGGAUCUGCACAGUGAUGAUGAACAGAGUGUGUUUGCUGCAACCAGUCGAGCGCCCGGAGCUCCACCUCCACCUCCGCCGGGCAUCCCCCCACCUUGCAACCUCCCUCCGCCCAUCCCUGCUCCUGCUGCUCCACCACCACUUACGUCUACGCCUAGUCGACUUGCCUCGCCUGUCCGCAAGAAUAAGAAGACUGUCAAACUUUUUUGGAAGGAAGUUAGAGACGACCCAGUGGUUUUUGCAAAGCUCAAUUCAACAAACCUGAUCUGGGACGAGAUGUCUCCAGUUGCUGUCGACAUUCAGAAGUUGGAACACCUGUUUGAGUCCAGGGCUAAAGAUCUUAUCACAAAGAAGCAGCAAGAGAUAAACAAGAACAAGGAGGUUAUAGUGCUCGACCCGAAGCGAUCGAACGCAAUCAACAUUGGAAUGACCAAGUUGCCUCCUCCUAGGUCCAUCAAGACGGCCAUCCUCAAGAUGGACGCAACCAUCAUGAACAGAGAGGGCAUAGAGAAACUUCUGACAAUGUUGCCGACUGAAGAGGAGUGUUCCAAGAUCCAAGAGGCCCAGGCUGCCAACCCUGAGAUCCCAUUGGGCAGUGCUGAGCAGUUUUUGUUGACUCUUGCGUCAAUAUCCGAGCUACCAGCACGGCUGAAACUGUGGGCUUUCAAACUAGACUUUGAAAACAGUGAGAAGGAAAUUGCUGAACCACUUAUGGAUUUGAAACAAGGAAUUGAAACCUUGAAGUCAAACAAAACUUUCCGCGCAGUUUUGGGAACACUGCUUUCAAUUGGCAUAUUUCUGAAUGGAAACGAGGUGAAAGGGUUCCAGAUAGAGUACUUGGCUAAGGUUCCAGAGGUGAAAGACACAGUUCACAAACAUUCUCUGCUGCAUCAUUUGUGUCACAUGGUCAUGGACAAGUUCCCUGACUCAACAGAUCUAUAUUCGGAGAUCGGAGCUGUGACCAGAGCCUCCAAGGUAGACUUUGAUGAGUUGACCAGCAACAUUAUGAGGCUGGAGACAGAAUGUAAAGCUUCCUUCGACAAUCUCAAAGUCAUCACGAAACACGACGGCUCAUGCACCAACAUGAAAGUCAAAAUGUCAGACUUCUUGGCGGACUGUGCUGAGCGUAUUAUUGUACUGGGCAAGGUCCAUCGACGAGUGAUGAACCGUUACUUCAAGUUCUGCCUGUGGCUGGGCAUUCCGUACCAUCGAGUGCAGGCAACCAAGCCCAAUGAGCUGUGUCGAGUCAUCUCUGAGUUUGCACUCGAGUACAGGACAACUAGAGAGAGAGUCAUGCAACAGUUGGAAAAGAAAGCGAGUCACCGAGAGAGAAAUAAGACUAGAGGGAAGAUGAUUACUGAGAUGGGUAAGUUCCGUCGAGAGGAUGACAGGGCAGAUGCUGAGCUGAGACAGCUAUUGGGCAACGAUUCUGCGGACAACGAAACAUCCCUGACUGGCUCACUGCCGUGGCGGAGAACUCGCAAAGAUACUGGAAAGCUAUCUUUGGGAAACAUGAGAAACGACGGGACGAACGGGAAUCUAACAGACGCUGACGAUGAGAUUCUCGAGUCACUGGUAAAAACUGCAACACAAAUCCCAGCCACACGGACAGCCCCGCGUGAGAGGAAGCGCACUCGUCACGCUGACAGGAAGUCACUCAUCAAGCGGUCUCGUACUCGAGACAAUGUCCCUGUCGAGGGCAACGAGAGCCAAUCAUAAAGUGACAACGGUAAAGCGAACCUCGUUCUGUACAUAGUAGAUAUCGACCCGUUCUCAGACUGUUCUCAGUUCGCCGAACUCUGCGCAACGGAUUGUCCGAAGAAGAACGAAAACAUCUGGCUACGUUUAUUAAGGGCUAUUGAGUCUCAAUCAGCAACGUCUGAAUGUUUGUAUAUCUGUGAUACUGGUGACCUUUGUUGUAAUUUAAUUUGUUUUACACUUUUGUGGGUUAAGCUAAAAUCUUUUUAACUAUUUUAACUAUCUAAAUAUUUAGAGCAAUUUGCAUCAAGAUUUUCUUCUCGUUUUAUCCUAAAACAUAGGUAGAUCAGUAGUCGGAUUACACAAAAUACUUGAUUCAAAUUUUAAUUCUGUAGGUCACAUGUCUGCCUUACUGAACAAAAUGUUUUAAGAUUGUACAGUUGUUACUUUAUGACUUUGUUUUAUGAGUUAUCGUUAAUGUGAUAUGAGGUUAUUUAUGUUUGUGUUAUGUAGCAUAAGUGAACUAUCAAUAAGUUUAAGUCAAAAGUGAUGUGAUGGACUUUUAUACAUGUAUAUUGUAUAUAUUUUCAAGUCUCAUUGUGAUGGGAGACUGAUCAAUAUGGAUAUCUCAGGUUUGAUAUUUUCCAUGAAAACUAUUUGAUGAAAUCAAAUAAUAAAAUGUGUUCGGUAGCCAACGUGGCAAAAAGAUUUUUACUCGAGUGAUGUUAUCGACUAGUCGUAAAUGUCUUAGGUUUGUCUGUUAAUAUCCAGAUUAUACUGUUUGAACAGUAUUUAGAGGGGUACAGUACAUUGUGUGAUUUUUACUAUUUUGUAUUGCACUUUAUAAUCAAAUCCUUGUUAUUUUACUUGUUGAGCAAUAAUUUGCUCCUCCACGCAAUCAUCGCAAUACUCAUCUUUUUAUACUAUUUUCUAAUGUGAACUAUCAUUAUGUUGUUCAACUAUUAAGAUUAAAAUUUAAAAUUCUAUUUGGAUAAACAAAAAAGAUUUUAACUUUUAAGUGUUUUAUUUCGUUGCUAUUGCUUUAGACAGUAAGUUUUAAUAGAGGAAUAUUUUUUGUUUAAAAAGAAAUUAAGUUUUCAGUUUUGAUUUACAGUAGCUUUUAAUUCAGACCAUGUCUUAUGGUCGAUUUUUCUUGCAAACUUAAAAGUUUUUGAGAUUUGCUUUACGAUCCACAGCAUUUACAAAAUACCAGGAUGUUCAAAACUAUUUUAUUCGUAUUAGUUUUAUCAUUUCAACUUUAUUUCCAUCUCAAUAUAAAAAAGUUCCUGACUGAUAAGCCUAACCAAAUGUCUUCAUGUAAGGUUUAGCCUAGGGUAAGUUUUCUUCUUUCAGGCAUUAUAAUGUAUAAUGAUUCCAGGAUCAAUAAAGAUAUUUUACAAAAUA